AUGACUCAAACCGACUACAUAGAAUCUCACGAGCAAAUAAAAGAUACCCAAAUAGGGUACUGUAGAUAUGGGCAUGGACCAAACUACAUUCUGGCUAUUUGUGGAGCAGUUGGGUGCUAUAAAAAAGAUUGGCCCUUGAAAGUUCUCUCUCAUUUCCCACCAGACCUAGUCACGAUUAUUGGAAUCGACCCACCUGGAUACGGAACUUCGAGACCACCAGAGAGAAAACAAGAAGUUCAAAGAUGUAUGAAAGAUUCUGAGUAUUGUCUGGGAUUGAUGGAGACUCUCAAUCUAGAACCGUUCACUGUAAUGGGAUGGUCGGAAGGUGCCAGAACAACUGUUCAUGUAGCAGCUAAAGGAAAAGAAAAAGUCAAUAGAAUGAUUGUAUUGGCAGGGGCAACAAAAGUGAACCAUUUGGGGGCCAUGGCUUUCAAAGGAAUGCGUGAAACUAAUCAUUGGCUUCCGGCUGGUCGUCAACCAUAUCUCGAUCAUUAUCCAGAAGCAUUUUUGAGAACUCAAUGGGCCGCUCUUUGUGAUGUCGUUGAUCAAGUGCAUACAUUCAUGGGUGGUCGUUUUCCGUGUGAUCUUGUCUUGCCACAAGUAAAGUGCCCAACAUUAAUCAUGAAUGGAGGCAUGGAUCGUUUCUGCGGUGACCCAAAUGUCUGUUUCAUCCCUGUUUUGAAAUCGCUUGCCAAAGUAGAAAUUCAUGCGCAAGGAAACCACGACUUCUACCAAAAAUAUCCUAAAUGGUUCUCAGCUAAAGUUUUGGAAUUUUUGAAGACCUCUGAGCAGAAAUAA